CUGCGACUCGUUUCAAGUCUGCGCAUCAACCAAAACGCGCUUCACUCAUUUCAACUCUUCAGACCUCUCAAACGUUUUUUUUAUUUUAUUUUAUUUUAUUUUUUUUUUUAAAAAACGUCUUACUUUUAUUUUGUUCAACGUCUGUUCUAGCAAAGAUGCCAAUCGGCGGGCCGGAGUGCGGUUCCGACAGGAUGUUCAGCAAACUGAUUGAGGACGAUGAAGAGUUGGACCCACGUCCAGAUGUCCACAUGCCGGGAGACCCUGCAAUGAGACCCACGAUCAAAGUGACCGGCCCGUAUCGCAUGGCCUCCAUCUGCCUGGCGACGUUGUGCGGCGUCCUGCUCGUCGCCAUCAUCGCCGUCACCGCGCACUACAAGAACAAAGCAGCAGGAGGCGCCGCAGCGGAGGCGCAGAUGCAGACGGCCGACGUGGACGCCCUGAACGCCGUCAUCAGCCAGCUGCGGCGGGAAAAGGACGAUCUGCAGAAGAAACUUGAUGCCAGGACCACCCUGGCAGCCGCAGGCCCCCGUGCCGCCACCUCGCCCACCUCGCCCGUGGUGUGCCCGCCAGAUUGGCUCUUCUUCAACUCCAGCUGCUACUUCAUCUCGGAGGUGUCCCGGAACUGGCCGGUGAGCCAGGCCUACUGCGAGAGCAAAGGAGCUCACCUGGCCGUCAUCCUCGCGGCCGACGAGCAGACGUUCCUGUGGGAUCAACUCCCGCGAGGCCACUGGAACGCCUACUGGAUCGGAAUCACCGACGGCCACACGGAGGACCGGUGGACGUGGGUGGACGGGACGCCGCUGGUGGGCGGCUUCUGGGAGGAAGGCGAGCCCAACAACCACAUCGAUGAGGACUGCGGCUACAUAGUGAAGACGCGCGUGCUGGAGCGGGUGGCGCUGCGCAGCUGGUACGACGCCCCCUGCGACAUGUUCCGCCCCUUCAUCUGCGAGAAGGAGCUGGACGGCGCCCACGGCGCUCGCUGACAUCCUCCACGUCACAGCCGAACUGGACCAAAACAAUAAAGUAGGCGUAAUUUGCUCACAAAAAUACUAAUUACUAAUAUUAAUAUCAGGUUGGGUAAGCGAAUGGAACAUAAAUGGUAAGAAACAGGACGUUGCGUAUUGCAGAAGGUGCGCUCCAUUUGCUCACCCAGAUAUCCAAGUUGUUCUGGGAAUGAUAAUAAUCCACAAACGACUAUUUUGUUAUACAUAUUUUUGUAUUUUGUGGCCACAAAUUUGUAUUUUGUGAGCACAUCAUAAGUGUUUUUGCCAGAAAUUAUUUUUUGAGCAUAUAAUACAUAUUUUGGUAUUUUGCCACAAAUUAGUAUUUUGUGUGCACGAUAUACACAUUUUGGUAUUUUGUGGCCACAAUUUAGCAAAAAAUAAAAAUAAAAUUCCAUGUCAUGUCUAGGGCUCUCUACUGAUGCCAGUUUCAUGUUGUAAAUAAGUACAUCAAUUAAAAUGUAAUUGUUUUUGUAUCGUACUCUUUUGUAAAAAAAA